AUGUCGUUUUAUUUUCCCAAACGCUUGAGGUCGCUGCGUUCGUUGGUGUCUUUUUUAUUUGUUGGCCUUCUCUACAUUGUCUACUCUGUCUUUUUUCCGUACCAUGGAAACGAAGAAAGGGUUUAUUUUGGACACAAUUUGACAAGAAACGCCUUAUAUUUCCAAGCUAACACAGGCCAACACCUUUCACUCUUGGCUAACCAUUUCAAGCAAUUGGUGGAACAAUAUGAAAAUGAACGCACAAACAUGGAAAAAAGUCUGGAUCGUGAAGCGAAGAUUACUCUGCUUAACAACCAAACCAAACUGGCAUCUGGCGGAUCAGGAGAAGUUUUCAAGCAGAGUGUUGUUUGCGGUAGUAGUGAUAUUUUCCUUCUCAUUCAAGUCCACUCCAGUCCAAAUAACUUUAUGAAGCGACAUGCCAUUAGGCUCUCAUGGGGAAAUUUGGAACACUUUAUCGGCCAUCGACAAGGAGUGAUUGUUCGAAGGUUAGGUUACGACCCGGGGGCGGGGGGGGACUCCGCAUAUGAAAGGGGUGGGGAUGCUCGUCGUCUCGCUUAGGGGUGUAAAUUUCGGAUUUUGGUCUCACUUAGGGUGUUCUGGGCAAAACACCAUCAUAUUUAGCCGUGAAGGUCUCGUUUAGGGUUGCACGUGAAAAAAUAUAAAAAUAUAUAUAUUGCCUGUGUUUUAACAUGGUCUCUUUUAGGGGUCAAAAAAAGCUUGGGCCACGCCCAGAUAGGUCUCCUAUAGGGGUUUAAUUCAAAAUUCCCGACGAGCAUUCCCACCCCUUUCAUAUGCGGAGUGCCCCCGGGGGUUACGAUUAUUAUCUCAGUGAUUAUAAACAGUGUAAAUUGCUUGAGAGCAGAAGAAAUAAGCCUCUUAUUUAAGCCCUUUCAAUUAUUGGUUAAUCAUCUUUAGUAGAAAUGAAAAUUCAAAUAAUUCUUUCACUUUAAUGCAGUGAUCAUCCUGAAGCUUGUGCAGAACUUGCCGCCAUUUUCUCAAUUUAGAUUUUUUUCGCAUUUCUGAUCUAGACCUUCGUUAAUUUAUCGGCGGAAAUAUUGGCGCCAUUAUGCGUGGAACAUCUAAUAAUUAAUGGUGUCAACCUUAUUCCCAGGGCCCUCUCUCUUCCCCGCUUGAGAAAAACAGGGGAAACUGGAAACUAUGUUACAUGUAACGACGAAGUCCGAAAGAUCUUUUCACAAGGAUCUAUAAAACUAAAACUUAAAAUUAAUAUAUUUGUAACCAAUGAAACAAAGGGAAUGAGGCCUAUUCAUUCUCUUUUGAUGAAGGAGACUAAACCUCUCGUAAUCAUUGUUCUCUUUUUACAAUAAUUAUUCCACAAUGUCCUCGUUUUACUUCAUAAGAAAUUAUAUCUUUACUAGCAUUUGCAGGAGACUUAGGUGUAUUAGCCGGGGGCUUGCAGCUUACCGUAUUAUGUAUAUACAACAUGCAAUUCUUUCAUAUAUUUUCAACAGGGUUUGGAAAACUGUAUUUAUCGUUGGCAAGAGUUUGGAUCCAACGACAGAUCGUCUUGUAGUUCAGGAAGCUACCAUUUACAAGGACAUCGUUAUAGGAACGUUCGAGGACACAUUUCGAAACUUAUACAAAAAGAUGAUCUGGGGUCUUACUUGGCCAAUGGAAGAAAACUGCAGUACUUCAUACAUCCUUAAAACAGAUGAAGAUUGUUUUGUUAAUAUUGGAAAUAUCCUUAAUUGGCUUGACAGAUAUCACAUAAUUACAAAUGGAACACAACCGAUAUACGCCGGUCGAAGGCAGGAUAAUAUGCCAGUCGUUCGGGACAAGGAAAAUCGCUACUAUCUGUCUGAAGAGGAAUUCCCUGAAGAAGAAUUUUACCCGUACGCUUCAGGAGGUGGUUACGUUUUCAGUGGAACAUUAUUGCCUCUUCUUUCCAAUGUUUCAAAAACCGCGCCGUUAUUCCCAAACGAGGACGCAUUAUUUGGUUCGCUCAUGCGUAGAAUCGGAGUGGAGCCAACAGAUAAUACCAAGAUUAUUCCUCUGGUGUACUGUGAACGUGCUCACAAGAUUCGAGAGGAGCGUAUGUGCAGUAUAUCAAAACAGUUUAUACUGCAUGGCGUGAAAGGGAAAGAACAACUUAAAAUGCACUUCAAUAGCGUAUUAUUCAGCUCUGUUUCUUCGCUCUGUUUGAGACUGCCAGACAGCGACGACGAGAUGCGAGAUCGUUGCGAAUACGACAAAUAAAAACUUCAGUACAGUUAUAUUGUUUGCGUUCCAUUGAAAUGUAAUCGGUCUAGGCAAAUCAGUGGCUAUUCCCUACACUAAAUGAAUACCCCUUACGACACUGAAUACGCCACUGCAGAGAAGAACAGGUUGGCGAAGUCUUUCGUGCUCAAUCCGCCGGUCAAACGUCUAAGAUUUUGAAUUUCUUGUUGUUGUUGUUAUUUUAUUUCAAUAAAGGGACACAUGGACAAGGAUCUAUAAAAGAUCAAGAGAAAAUUAUUUAAUCUGGAUUAGUUUAGCCGAGAAGCCGUUUAGGAUUAGUUUGGCCAUAUAAGUUAUAUGCUUUUUGGUUUGACCAUAUUUUAAUUUCUUCAGAUAAUGAGCUCCGUUUUGCUAAAACUGACGCGCACUCGAGUAAUAUUCUGUUGACAAAUAACACGACGGCAGUAACACCAAUUCAAUUUUUGAAUACUUAGAACUUUCUUGAGUAAAGUUUAGUUACAAUGACCUCAGGAACUUUUAUGGGGAAUUCUUUUGUUCUUUGAAAUUUCCCCGGGGCAAUUUUCCCUUUGGAAAAUCGAGCGCUGGCUUUUAAUAAAUUUAAAAAAACACGUCACCUUAAUGAGUUUGUACGCUUGGGCCUGCGAUACAGUCAGGUGACACGUGUCAGCGGAUACCAUUUGUGACAGCUGUCAAUUGACCAUAACAUGGAUGUCCAUAAGGCUGUCCACUAUUUAGUUAAACACAGACUGCAUAUGCCUUGGACAGCUAGCUACAGUCUCAGUCAAAAUUGUUGGGACACUUUGCCGUCUUCGUGCCCUCCCAAUGUUGGUGGACAAGAUUUGGUGAGUUAACUUUGAUAAACAACAUUGGGAGGACGAGGAGACGGGCCAGAAGUAAAAAAAAAAACGGCGUUUAGGUGGAAGUGUCCCAACUAUUGUUGUCUGAGACUGUAGUAUAGUAAUGCACGGCGAUUACACGAUAACAGCCAACCAGAGCGCGCGCACUAUUGUAGACAUAUAAUCAGGGCAGCCUCAGAGCUCAGACCGAUUAUCCUUUAUAUAUUGCGCAUGUCACCACCACUAUGUAAAAUCUAUCUUUAAUAGACAGAAACUAACAGGAAACGUAAGUAAUUUACUUCCUAGACAUCGCUUAAAAAACUAGACAUUAUAGCAGACAUAAUGUAAUUUAUGGCAAGGCAUGGUGCCCACAUGAUAACUCGCUAGGUCAGGCUGUACCAGAUACCGCAAAUCUAGCCAAUGAGGUUAUAGGGCGGUGUCAGGGUAAAGUAAGUAUGUCGAGGUAUUUUCCCAGUAAUUCUUCCUUCUCCCCCUCGUCAUCAACUCGGUCAGAUCUCGAGCAAAAUCUUUCCCUCCUCCUCCCUUUCAUCUGCCUGCGGGUUAUUAUUGUUCACGGUAUUUCCUAUUUCUUCUUUUUUCAUUUUCUUACUUAGUUGUGUAGUUUGUGGCGGAUUUUCCUCGCCCCAUUCUUUAUUCAGUAGGUUAACCGGUUUACAUAUAUCGAUGUGUUGUGAUUCUGUUAGAUUUGAUUUCAUUAAACCUGCCACAAUAAUAAUUACUUAGUAAUUUAGUUCCUAGACUUCGCUCAUACAUAAUGUAUCAUCUUCUGUAACUACUGACAGUUUUCAGUUUUUGCACUUGUCAUCAGCUACCUCAAAAUGUAAAUUCCUCAAGUCUGACCCUGGCUUGUAAAUAUAAAGGUUACUGAUAUUGCUAAAGUUGUAAUGCAAAUAUCUACGUAUUUGUCCGACUUUUCCGUUUUGUAACAUGGCUCAGUGCACGUUUAGCUAAGUGUACUCAAGUAUACAGCUAAAUCAAAAAAGGUUACUUUGGUAAUUGGUCAUUGGUAAUUGGACAUUGAGCACUUUAGCAUAUUGAACAAUGCAAUGAUUUACUUGAGUGAUCACCAAACAAUAACUUCCCAAUGCCCAAAGCAACCUGUUUUGAAUCAGCUGUUAAAUAAAAACGGCGGCAGUCCAUCCACGUAGCGUUGUAAGUGGGAAAUGUUUCUCCAUCUUUGCAAGCGCUUGAAGCCGUUCGUUUUGCUGUUGUUGUUGACGAUUCUCGGUCUCUUCUUCAUGAUACGUUCCGUCUCAGUCUUUGUGAAGAGGAAGAACGAAGUCAAAGAACUCAACAUUUAUCCAAAGCUAACAAAACAUAAUCACGAAUAUAACAACACGGACAUUGCUGGUGCGGAAGUGAACAAACAUUUCUCCCUUCUUCGACAAGAUUUAACGAAAUUGCUCAACCUCUAUCAGGCAGAGGGGACCAGAUUUCGUAAGAAGGUUAGAAUUGUCCAGAAAACGCCAUUACUUAGACUGAAAUCUAGAAGAAAUGUUGGAAAACAAAAUGUGGUUUGCAGCAAGGAUCUUUUCCUCCUCAUUCAAGUACACUCGAGUCCAGAGAACUUCAUGAAUCGACUUGCCAUCAGGCUAUCAUGGGGAAAUAUGAAACAUUUUAUUGGCCAAGGAAAUUUUCCAAAAAGGUAACAAAUCUUUAAUUGUAACUCAGAUUUUACUUAGUAUGCAAUUCUCUUUAGGCUGACCCUUUAAACAAUAAUUACCAUUUAUAGCUUUGUUUUAAUUUCAUAUACACUCUUUUUUUUUAUAAGAAUGUUGUUCUUUCGGCCCAGGCUGAAUAUUCUUAUUUUUCUGCCGAUUUUAGGCUGAAAAUAUUCUUGUAUUAUUCUUAAAUAAAGCCCAGUGCUGUUUUUGUUUUCGCUAGGUUUUGUUAUUUAAAAAGGAAAGAAUUUGUUCAUAAUAUUUUUUAGCGGUUUAGUUUAUGUCUUUUGUGCUGAAUACUGUACAUACAUAUUACAUGUACCGUUCAUCGAACUGUCAUUACCGUUGAACAUUUUGCUUUAGCUACCGCAGGUUUUUUCGUUUUGUUGGCUAGUUUUGCCGUUCAGAGAAAGGAAAAAUUUUAUAUGGUUAAGUUAAAAACAUAAAAUUGUAUUGUGUUUACAGAUAGUGUACUGUAAAUAAAACCCGUUGCGCAACACAAUAUACUUCGCACGUGAGGGUGAUACUGGUACCUGACCCCAACGGUUUUUUUUUUUUCUGUACUGUUUGAAAUUAAAGAGCAAAUAUUGACAGGUAAAUUUCUUAACCUCGCGAAAAGUCAAAAUUUCCGAAUAACUAACCGUUCCAUUCGUCUGAGAUUUUUCAGAGGUUUUCUACUAACUUACCGGUUGCUAGGGGGAGAGAUCUUACUUAGCCCUUGCUCAAUCAAGCAGACCAAUCAAUCAAUACCUUUAUUUAAGUGGCAAACUAACAUAGCAGUAGAGGAACCCGGGGUAGAGGAAAAACUAAAUGGGGACACUAUAAAUUAAAAUAAGCAAUUAUUGUAGCAGUUAAAAUCGAAUUAAAACUAUUUACGAGUGUAUCGUUAUUGACUAUAGACCGAAGUCUAAAAUUUAUAAGAUUAUUGCAUGUGUAUAAUUAAUAAAUCAAAAAAGUGCGUAUGAGCUUAGUAAAAAUAGUAGUGGUUACGCACCACAUAGAGUGCAAUUUAAGCACUGAGCGUCGGCAAGGAAUUUAGGUCAAGGUGUAGAAUAUGCUGCUUGAACACAGAUAGCGUAGGAAGGUCCCUGAUCUUUUUGGGCAGUAGAUUCCAUAACUUAGGGCCAAUAUACCUAAUAGAAUGCUUCCCAUGUUUAAUCGUAUUAAAUCUACACAUUACAAAUUCCUUGUUCCUCAGUGGAUAUUUGGUAUCUGUCCUCUGGAAAAGAUCAGCAAUGUAUUUAGGACUCUUAUUUUAAUGUUUUCUUUUGUUUAUUUGUAACUAUUUGGCACUAAAUGUUAGAUACUGUUUCACAGGUUUAGUAAAAUCACUCUAAGAUUUUCGGAUAUUGCGAUUAUUGGUUAAAAGGGUCUCCUAAAAAUUUCAGUCUGUGUAAAAGCUAGAGACUAAACGUUCCCUAGAAUGUUCGGGUACUCCACGUCCUCCAACUUUGAACCGCCGGUCUGAUUUGUGGCAAAGCCUUAAUUUCGUUUGCUCGAUUUUGGUUACUCGAGAAAGCCGACUCUUAAUCUUUUCUCCUCCUCAAUCAAGAAAGCAAAAGGAGGCUUAUCUACCAGGUUAGCAGGGAUGCCACAAAAAAGGUACAGCGGACUGGCCGUGUGUGGGUUGAGUCAUUCAUUCGUUUAUUUAUUCAUUUACGGUAUAUAUAAAACAAAACGUUCCCUAGAAUUUUUCAGGUACUCUUUCGCCUGCCAGUUUGCCAGCAGAGACGCCUUUCUUUCGCUUGCUCGAUUUUGGUUUCUCGAUGAAGACUUUCUUUUCUCCUUCUGCCACACAAAAUGUUCAGCUAACUAAUAGUGGUGGAUCGAGUCAUUUAUCCUUGAUUUAUUUAUUUAUUUCUAGGUCAUGGAAAAUUGUAUUUCUCGUUGGAAGGAGUUCUGAUCCCAAGACAAAUUUUUUGGUAACUCGAGAGGCUGCCAUUCACAAAGACACCGUCAUGGGAAAGUUUAACGAUACUUUUCGAAACUUGUACAAGAAGAUGAUUUUAAGCAUCUCUUGGCCACUGGAAGAAAAAUGCAGCGCCUCAUAUAUCCUUAAAACGGAUGAAGAUUGUUUUGUUAAUAUUCGAAACCUCCUUAACCUGCUUGACAGAUAUCACAUAACAAACGGAACGCAACCGAUAUACGCAGGUCGACGGCAGGAUGAUAUGCCGGUCAUUAGGGACAUAGAAGAUCGCUACUAUGUCUCUGAAAAGGAGUUUCCAGAGCCGUAUUUUUACCCCUAUGUGUCUGGGGGAGGUUAUGUGUUCAGUGGCAUUUUGUUACCUCUUCUUGUUAACGUUUCAAAGACCGCACCCUUAUUUCCAAACGAGGACGCGUUGCUUGGUUCUUUAAUGCAUAGAAUCGGAGUUGAACCGGCAGACCAUGUCAAGUUUAUCCCUUUCAUAUUUUGCGAAGGGAACUCCCGAGACGAACUUAUAGAGACACAAAUGUGUGCUUUGUCAAGACAAAUUAUAGUACAUGGCGUUGAAGGGCAACAGCAACUUAAAAUACAUUUUUAUAACGCCCUUCUAAAUUCCCUUCCUUCUCUUUGCUCCUUGCAAGAUAGAUAUGAGAACAUUCGAGAUAAAUGUGGACGACUUCAAGAGUGA